AUGUUGCCUUUGAAUUAAUCUCAUUGUUCAAAACAAAAUAUGAUCAAUGUAAUGUCAAUGUCAGUAGGUACUUAUAUUCAUAAUUUUGGUUAUUUUAAAAUUGAUUUGAUAUAAUUGCUAACUAAAUUAUUUAUAAAUGCGACUAUAAAAAUGUCAUCAAUUAUUAAAUUUGAGCUAAAGGAAUUGCGAAAACUUGGAAGUGACAAAAAUUCAUGCGUUAUCGAAAAAAAAGUUACUCAAAAUCAAGCUUUGGAGCCUUGGUGCCUUGGGAGUCUAAAAGAGUCUAUUAAAAAUUUACUUGAUUACAAAAUUGGAAAAUACGACAAAGAGUUUAAUGGGGUUUUAUUAAGUUAUAAAAAUUUGAAGAUUCUACGAAAUGUUGGAUCUAUAAGAAAUGAUAAUGCUGAUAUUAAUUUUCAAGUGCAAGCUGACUAUUUUAUUUUUCGCCCUCAUGUUGGAGCUACUUUAAAAGGAAUUGUUAAUAAAAAGAGUCCCACUCAUUUAGGAAUUCUUGUGCACAGAGUAUUCAAUGUAGUCAUACCCAGACCGACAGAAGAACCAGGCAAUAAGUGGAUAGGAGCAUCUGUUCAAGAAGGUCAAGAGAUCGUAUUUCGAAUAGUUGUUUUAGAUCUCUAUGGAGCUUUACCUUAUAUCAGAGGAGAAUUAGUAGAAAGGUCAAUACAAUUAGGACCUAAUGGAGAUGAUGAAGAAUAUGAACCAAAACCAGCUCAACCAAUCAAUGUGUCCCAUGUCAAUUUUGAUAAAACGAAACCAUACCACCAGAAGCAAAUUGGUGAUGGAAUAACACAAUCUUCUAAAAGUAUUCAAAAAAGUAGUAGUAAAAUUGUUAGCCUUAGUAAACAACAAAUAAAAAUUAGCUCACUUUCUUCAGAAAAUUCCACGAAACAGACAAAUAGCAAACUCUGUCCAGAAAAAUCAAAGAAAGUUAAUAGUGAUAUCAGUAUCACAGAGAAGAGCAAGACAAAAAGGCAAAGCAAAACUUUAGAGUCAGAUAUAAAACAGACUGAAUCAUACUCAAAACCAUCCAAAAAACACAAAAAAGAUAUUUAGUAAUUGCUUUAUUAUAUUUAUAUUAAAAAUAUAAUUUCAGAUCAUUUUUAAAUAUACAUUAUUAAGUA